GAAGGGGAGGGCACCGAGGAGUUGGGCGGUGGGCAAAGCCAAGCACAGUGCAGCAAAGCCAGCCAGCGAAGCGUAGGUUUGGGCUGGUGGACAGUAAGCACUACAAGCCCCGAGCGCGCCACGGAGGCAGGGCAGGCUGCGCUUGGGGCGGACGUGGUUUUUCUCCUUUCCCUUCCAUUGCCGGCGGGAGACGAAGACAUGCAGUCGGAAUCCGGGAUCGUGCCGGACUUCGAGGUCGGCGAAGAGUUCCACGAGGAGCCCAAGACGUACUAUGAGCUGAAAAGUCAGCCCCUGAAAAACAGCAGCUCUGAGCACCCUGGAGCUUCCAAGCCUCCGCUAAGCUCCUCCAGUAUGACAUCACGGAUUUUGCUACGACAGCAGCUCAUGCGUGAGCAGAUGCAGGAGCAAGAGCGCCGAGAGCAGCAACAAAAGCAGCAAGCAGCUCAGUUCAUGCAACAGAGAGUGGCGGUGAAUCAGACACCAGCCAUCAACGUCAGCCUCCCAACCAGCCUUGCUCCUGCUACUCAGGUACCAAUGGAAGUCCUUAAGGUGCAGACUCACCUGGAAAAUCCUACCAAGUAUCACAUCCAACAAGCUCAACGGCAACAAGUCAAGCAGUACCUCUCUACUACAUUAGCAAAUAAGCACGCCAACCAGGCACUAAGCUUACCAUGCCCAAAUCAACCAGGCAAUCAUGUUAUGCCACCUGGAACUGGAAGCAGCGCGCCUAACAGUCCGAUGGCCAUGCUUACACUCAACUCUAACUGUGAAAAAGAAGGCUUUUAUAAAUUUGAAGAUCAAAGCAACAGGGCAGAGAAUGAAUGCCAGACUCUAAAUACACAUUCUCGAGCAUCAUGCAUGCAGAUGGAUGAUGUAAUUGACGACAUUAUCAGUUUGGAAUCAAGUUACAAUGAAGAAAUCUUUGGUUUAAUGGAUCCUGCCCUACAAAUGGCAAAUACGUUACCUGUCUCUGGCAAUCUGGUGGAUCUCUAUGGCAAUCAAGGCAUGCCUCCCCCAGGACUCAACAUCAGCAAUUCUUGUCCUGCUAACCUUCCUAAUAUAAAAAGGGAACUCGCAGCAUGUGUAUUCCCCACAGAGACAGAGGCAAGAGCAUUGGCCAAAGAGAGGCAAAAAAAAGACAAUCACAAUUUAAUUGAACGAAGACGACGAUUCAAUAUUAAUGAUCGUAUAAAAGAACUUGGCACUUUGAUACCCAAGUCAAAUGACCCGGACAUGCGCUGGAAUAAGGGAACUAUUUUAAAGGCCUCUGUGGACUAUAUCCGCAAGUUGCAGAGAGAACAGCAACGUACAAAAGAACUAGAGAACAGACAAAAGAAAUUAGAACAUGCCAACAGGCACCUUUUGCUCAGAAUACAGGAACUUGAGAUGCAAGCUCGAGCACAUGGACUUUCCAUUGUCCCGUCUACAGGCCUUUGCUCACCAGAGAUAAUAAACCGGCUUAUCAAACAAGAAUCUGUCCUUGACAACUGCAACCGAGAGAUCUUGCGGCAUCACCCUGACCUGUCUUGCACAACCACUCUCGACCUUACCGAUGGCACCAUCACUUUCAAUGACAGCCUGGCAAAUGUGACUGAGUCAGCUGCUGGCACUUACACUAUCCAUACAAAAAUGGGUUCCAAACUGGAAGACAUCGUGAUGGACGAUACCCUCUCUCCUGUUGGAGUUACUGACCCGCUUCUUUCAUCCGUGUCUCCUGUGGCAUCCAAAACAAGUAGCCGAAGGAGCAGCGUGAGCAUGGAGGAUACUGACCAUGCUUGUUAGUGAAUACAAUUAGAAAGGCUUUUCAUGGACUUCUUGUUUCUUGAUCAAUAGAUUAAGUAAUUUACUCUGGUUUUUUUUCUUAAUAGCUAUCUUUUAAUAUAAAUCUUUAAACAGCCCAGUGUAUGUGACUUUUUAAUGUUUGUAGAGACUUGUAUAUUUUAUUUUAAAACUACCAAUGCUUCCAAAGUAUUGUACUGCAUCUGUGAACGAGAUUCACCAAGAGCUCAAAAUGAGUUCAUGUCUACUUGAAAGCAAUAGAGAUAUACUGAUCCACAAGUCCAUGAUCCGCAAAAGGUGAAACUUCUGUAUAAUUGUAAUGAUACCCAUUGAUGUGGAGAUGAAAUGUAGAAGAAUGUAAAGAAACCAAAAAAAAAAAAGAACUAGCUUUGUAAACUAUUUUUUGUUGAUUUAAUAGUGCCUCCUUUUAAAGAUACAGUACAGUAUUUGUUAAUCCAAUUUAAUCUUUUCCAAAGCAUUAAAUUUAAUAUAUAAGUAAAAAGGUCACCUGUACAGAAACUAACUCACGGUGAUCUUGAAAAAAGUACAAGCUGGAAAUGAAGGAGGGAGAGACACAGAGAUGUUUAAUGACAUUUACAUUUGAUUAGUUUUGUUCUGGACUCCAGUGAGUGGGCAUCCUUCUAGAUCAUGAUUUAUCUUGUUUUAGAAUUCACUUAUAAUCAUGGCAAGAAAACUGUAUUGGUAUUUUAACAAUGCAAGACUGGUGAAUAUUACAAGUUCUUAACAAAAACUUGGUACUUUCUGUCAGUUGGGAUAACCAAUUGAUUUUUUUUUUAAAAAAUGCAUUGUACAGAUACUUGAUUUGCAUGACUUUUCACUUUUUUUUUCAUUUGGAGUCCAUUUGUGUUUUUAUUUGUAAGAAGAUGCCUCUAGUUAUCACAAUGAUUUUUUUUUACAUUUUAAAACCCCACUCAAGGGGUUGUUUUGCAUUCUUUGUACACACUUCAGAGUAAGCUUUUGUGCAGGUUCCUGUCUUUUCAAGAGUGGUUUUCUGACUAUUUUAUAUAUUACAGUCUCACUUGGAAGAAAUGUUUUGACACUGACAGAGCUUUAAAUCAUAGUACAGAUUUAGUAUAGUUAACAAGAUGAAGCUCUGUAUAAAAUAAAAAUAAAAAACCCUGAACUUAACCUAUUUAUUUUUAAUGAUACAGGACAAAUAGUAAUAUGCUUGAGAAUAUGGUUGCUAUGACCUCUAGUGUGCUGUUAGAUUUUUCAGAUUGAAUGAAAUUUAUUAUAUCUGCAGAUAAUAACUGUUACUUGAUCCCAAUGUUGUCGAGUUUAACCAUGCAACAGUGUUGUUAUAAGAGCAUGUUCCGUGCAUUAUCUACUCCAGCAUAGUCCUAUGCAAUAACAGUAGUGAUACUUGUAUUAUGAUCAUGUCAAAAUAUUUUAUACAGUAGUUGAAUGAUCUUACCAGUUGAGCAAGUGAUUGGCUUCCACCAUAGCAGCCACCUAGUUGACUUGCAAAUGGCAGGGAAAUACAUCUCAUUCAGAAUGAAGUGCCUUAAAUUUAGCUGUAGUCUUCAUGAACUAGCACUGACUGAAGUGUGUGACAUAAGAGAAGAUUUGGGAGGAAUGGCAUUGAGAUUGCAGCAGAUGGGUGGAGCAUAGUUCUCGUGUUGUUGUGUAAAAGCUUCCAGUUCUCUUCCUGAACCUGUGAGAAUGCUGAAAUUAUUUCUGGAAGUCUUGGUUUUCUUUUCUGUUCCAGCUUUGUUUACAUGCUCAGGAAACCUGAGCUAUGGGCAGCUGACAAGUCUUCAGAAUGUGGGUUUUCCAGAGGCAACUGGUUAGCCACUGUGACAACAGGAUGCUGGACUAGAUGGGCCAUCAGCCUGACCCAGCAGGCUCUUCUUAAGUUCUUUGAAUGCUAGCAUUAAACAUAUGUUAAGAUAGGCAAGUCUCAAUGGCAAACAACUGCUGUAUAGUUUCAUUACGUGAAACAUCCUUGAAACCACUAAGGGCAACUGUGCUCCUUUCCAUGUGAAGUUGCCCCACUAACUUAUGGAGCAAGGCUUGGACCUAUUCUCAUUUUUGCAACUCUGAGGAUCCAUGUAGACCAGCCUUCCUCAAUCUUUGACCCUUCAGAUGUUUUGGACUGCAACUUGCAUUGGCCCCAGCCAGCAUGGAGUUGUAGUCCAAAACAUCUGGAAAGCACCUGGCUGGGAAAGCUGAUGUACAUAAAAUAAGAAAAAUAAUCAGGGGCAGGAACUCUGACUUCAAGCAACAGGAAGAUGUUUUCUCUUAACUUUAAAAACAUCUUUCAACUCAAUAAUUACUCAUGCAAUUAUUACUCAUGCAGUAGUUGAUUUGUUUUUUACCAGAUUUGACUAUACCUGGGAACUGAUGAUUGUCACAGAUCAUUGACACUAUUGUAGGAGUCAAAUUUGAAAUGUGUUAGUGCCAUAGGGUUAUAUUCAACUAAACCCUACUCAGAGUAAACCCAAAGAAAUUAAUAAACCUAGUCAUGUUCAUUAAUUUCAGUGGGUCUGCUCUGAGUAGGACUAGUGUUGAGUACCAUUUUCUGUAUCUGAUAGACUGACAGUGCAACCCUAACCAUGUCUGUGCGGAAAUAAGUUCUAUUGAAUGCAGUGGGAUUUACUCCCAGGUAAAUGGGGUUAAGAUUACAGCCUUAGCUGUCACAGCAAGUUGAGAAGAAUCCAAAUGUUUAACCUCCUCUGGCAACUGGUGUUUAACCCAUCGUUGGCAAAGGGAUGCAAAUCAGAGCCAGUGAAUGGCUUGUUGCCAUACACAAGUGAUGGGGUACUUGUGGCCCUCCAGAUGUUGGAUUACAGCUCCCAUCAUCGCUGACCAUUUAUCAUACUGACUGGAAUUGAACAGCGUCUGGAAGGCCCCACGUUCUCCAUCCCUGCCUGAUGUAUACUAUCUUCAGGAAGCUAUUUAGAAUUGUAGUGUGGAUGCUCCCCCUCCUCAGUAUGGGAGAAGUGGGUUCAAAUAGUAUCCCAGCCAAGGCGCUCUUCAGUGAAGUCUUGACCUUAACAUUACAAGUGGCCUAUAUUUUUAAAACUUUUUUUUAAAAAAGAUGAUUACAGAGAGCUGUAGCUGGGUGUACCCUGUAUUCCCUAACUUUUCUUGAUCUGGGAUUUUUUUUUACUUCAGUGCAAACCAUGUAAAAUGUGCACAUAAGUCAAGCUUACAUAUUUGCUUCUUUUGCACAAUUUAUUAUGUCUCAUUUAGUCAUGGUAACAGGGUGUUCCCUUUAUGUAGGUUCACUGGAGCUCAGCCCUCCUCCUGCCCCACUCAGAACACUGGAAAUCCUUCUUAGUUUAUUCCCAGGCCUCAUGGCAAGAAAUCUUAAUCAGCCAUUAUUUUUACACUCUUUCAAGUAUUUACAUGUUAAGGACUAGAAACUUGCUUUUAACAACCUAAGAUGUUUAGGAUGCUGAUUAUUGUCCUUAAUACCAUAUUCUGUGAUUGAUUGCAUAUACACAGCCCUGAUUAUUAAAAAGCAACAAUGUGACAGCAUGACUAUUCCUUUCAGAAACGCUACUCACCAGGGUUCAGUUCUGGAGGGAUUUGGAUCAAGAAAUAAAGUGUGGUGUACCACCUGGGUCAUAAUAAAACUGACUCCUGCUCUGUGACUGAACUGAGAACAUAUUUUCCCAUGGCACAUUUGGAAAUAUAAUCUUAAAAGUUUAGGUUUUACUUGAGUAAGAUUUAUGGCUCUUGUCUGUUGGAUCACAUGUUUCCUGUUGUAUGUUGUUAAAAUGUCUUCCACUUUCUAAACAUUGCAUGUCACCACCUAUUGCUUUUUUGUUUGUUUCUCUCUUCAAUUCUGUUUGGGUUUCCUCUUGCCCCCUGCAUUUUGAAGGUGGAAUUUUCAUAUCUUCCACACAGAAUUCUUGAAAAUCUGUUUUAGGAAAGUAGGCUUCAGGGAUUGCAAGCUGAAAUUAAGCCUUCGAAUUAAGCUAUUUAUUUGUUUUAUUGAGAACUAAGCCACAGAACUUAUAGGCCUUUAAGUGUGAUAUUUCUACAGAGGAGUGAUGCUGGGGUCAUUUGACAAGUGAUAGGAAAUGAAAUGUGUGGCUGCUCUGACACCUCUUCAAACUACAAUGAUUGCAUGAGCCCAGAUGCCAAAAACAGGCAGAGAGUCAUGAGACGGCUAACCAGGUACAUGGAGUACCAAGCAAUUUUAACUAUUGCCAAAACCAUGCAAGAUAUAUUAGUGCCAUGAACAUGUUCUUUACUACUUUUAAAUAGAUAUCUAAAGCAAUAUUAACUCUGAUGCCUAUAAAGCCUUUAGGAAGCAUAUAUGGAGAAAAUAAAGCAAAGCACAAAAUAAUGCACUUACCGUAUUUUUGAACAUAAAAUGCACUGGUGAAAAAUUGAAGUUGAUGGUAUAAAAGGCCUCUGUAUCUUGAAAAAAUGACAUAAAUUACUGCCUCUUCUUCUGGAUGCUUAGUACCAUGCUGUUAUUGAUCUUUUCACCUGCUGUUGGCCACAGCAAUAAGUUGUGUAUGGUCCAUCGCACUGUAAAUUAUGGAUCAAUAUUAAUGUAAGCCAAUUAAAUAAUUUGAACUGUUCCGAAUA